UGCGCAAUGUACUGGAUUUUGCUGUUGGGGUUUCAUUUUUCAUGGCAUCACCAUGCAACUGCCCAAUUUCUGGAGCCCGACUGCGGAUAUUUGUCACUGGAGGCACUCCAAAAUGAGGAGCACCAGGCGCACAUAUCCGAGAGUCCUUGGAUGGCUUACUUGCACAAAUCUGGCGAGUUUGUCUGUGGCGGAACGCUCAUAAACCAUCAAUUCGUCCUGACAGCAGCACAUUGCAUACGCGAGGAUGAAAACUUGACUGUGCGACUGGGCGAGUUUAAUAGCUUAACUAGUAUCGACUGCAACGGCUCCAAUUGUUUGCCACCUUCAGAGGAUUUUGAAAUAGAUCUGGCCUUCAGGCAUAGGGGCUACUCCAGAACCAAUAAGAUCCACGACAUUGGACUUCUCCGGCUGGCCAAGUCGGUGGAGUAUAAAGUUCACAUCAAGCCCAUUUGCCUGAUCACAAAUAAGACCCUUCAGCCGAAAAUUGAGAGACUCCACAGGCUGGUUGCCACUGGCUGGGGCCGCAGCCCAUCUGAAACUCCAAACCACAUCCUCAAGUCCAUUCGGGUAAUCAGAGUGAAUGGGUAUGUGUGCAGCGAUACAUACUGGGUUGACCGUCGUAGGGAUCAGAUCUGCGUGAGUCACGAGUCCGGAGUGUCGUGCAGCGGGGACUCCGGAGGACCCUUGGGCCACGCCAUCCGUCUCAACGGUCGAGUGGUCUUCGUUCAGGUCGGAAUUGUUAGCUAUGGCAACGCAGAGUGCCUCAGUCCCAGUGUUUUCACAAACGUGAUGGAACAUAUUGAUUGGAUCAUGGCGGCUUUGAGCACUUCUCACCAUUAAAGAACGCAUUUUUUUCUCGGCAAAAAAUUAAAGUGAAAUAUACCAAAAAAUUU